GCCUUUCUUCCUCGUAACUUCCGCGCAAGGCCACAACAAUGAUGGAUACCCAUCCAUGAUAUCAGCACAUUUCAUGUAGUGUGAGACACAUUUUUAAACUCGUGCUCCAAACAGGGACCUUAUUGGUUUGUUUUUGUUUCUGAUAUCUUACAUUUGUCUCAAACUGGAGUGAAGCCUUAGAGCAGCGUCCUGUCAUGGAGGAGGAGGCUGCAGGAACACCAGAGGAGCAGCUGACCAGGCAGCACCGCAAAGAAAAGAAAGACUUACAGGGUAACUAACCUGAAAUUCUUCUUUGAUUUAGAAUAAUUCACUUCAUAAAUAAGAUUUAGACUUUGCCGUCUCUUCCUUUGAAUCCAAUGUUAAUGUUUACGUUAUUGAAAUAUAGCAAAACCCAGCUACAAGCAUAAAGAGGUUACCAUUAUAAUAAUAAUAAUAAUUGUGUUAUACUCUAUCCAGGUGCACCAGCCCAGCUUUUUAAUGUAGUAGAUUUUGGGUUACGUUUAAUGGAAAAUCACUGGGGGCACAAAACAGCUGCUUCUCAGAUCUGUGCUGGCUGAAAAUGUUCACCUUUCUGUACCUGCAGCUUUACUUUUCUCACACUUUGUUUGACUGUCAGCUAAAAUCCAGAGCAUGAAAAAUGCCAUCCCCAAAAAUGACAAGAAAAGAAGGAAACAGAUGACAGAGGAGAUCGCCAAACUAGAGGCCGACCUCAGCCAGAAACACGAGGAGGAAAUCAAACAACUCAAACCCACCGUGGAAACAAAGGUAUCUGCCCUAAAUUUACCAACACAUCUCUCAUCUGUUUACAGUUUUUAACACAGCUUCCUGUGCCAGAUCUACUUUUACACGUCAAUCCCUGAGUUUAUUUUAUGAUAUGUGCUCAGUUCUUGAAUAUUCUCAUGCAUGAAUAUUUCAUUCUUCAUGUGUCUCAGGUGGAUGGGUUGUCUAAUGGAGUUGAGGAUCUGAAGAUUGAGGCUGAAGAAAAACAAGAGGUCACACAGCCACGCGUUACAAAGGCUCAGAAGAGAAGGGUGAGAAACAGGUUCCACCUCAAAUAGGAUUGUUUGUGUUCAUGUUCUGUUUGUUAUUGCCCACAGCAGUGUUACUAACUCUGACACCAUCAGCGUGCAGUGUUAAAGAUAAUAAACAUUAGCCUCAUUUCCUGGAGUUUUCAUGCUUGAGAUUUUUCACAUAUGAUGGUCAUGAUCAGGAAAAUAUCAAAUUUUUUCUCUUCAGGAUAAAAAGGCCGCUCAGGAGAAGGAGAGAGAGAGCCGGAUAGCAGAGGCGGAGGUGCAAAACCUGCAGGGUGUGAGGCACCAGGAGGGUUUGGUUCUGGCUCAGAAACUUGCUCAGCAGCAGCUCCAGAUCAAGGAGAUCUCGUCUGAUGGUCACUGCAUGUACCGAGCCAUUGAAGAUCAGCUUACACAGCGCUCACAGGUUGAUGUUUUCAUACUCAAAGGUGUAGUUUGAAUAUUAAAACAGAAAAUGCUUACACCUGCUGUUCUUCUGCUCUCUCUUAUUCCAGCCUGGGUUAGUCAUGAGUGUGAAGGAGCUGCGAUCCCGCACUGCUGAGCACAUGAGAAACCAUGCUGACGACUUCCUGCCUUUCCUCACAAACCCCAACACUGGUGACAUGUACACAACCGGUAACAGCAAAGUUUGAUGUCAUAUUUUAUGUAAGUGUCUAUAUAAAAUGUGUUUUAAUGAGAGUGUUUUUGCUUAACUUUCUAGAUGAGUUUGAGAAAUACUGCAGUGAGGUGGAGCACACAGCAGCUUGGGGUGGACAGCUGGAAGUGAGUUGUUUAAAUUAAGUAGGAAUUGUAACCCUUAUGUUUUUGAGCACUUUUUCAUGAACUGUUUUAAUUGUCAUCCCUGACAGCUGCGAGCUCUGACUCAAGUGCUUCAACUGCCGAUAGAAGUGAUUCAGGCAAACUCCUCAAAUAUCAAGAUAGGAGAAGAAUUCAGUAGUGAUCCAAUCACUCUUGUGUAAGUUACGCUCUGUUUUGUUUUGUGCUCAAGUUUAAUAUUUGCAUUUUCAUGUACAUGAUAUUUGCAAAACUAGUUGAGGCUAAAGAGUGGAUAACAGAUAGGAGAAAAUGGAGGCUUUUACUCUGAAAUGAGUUGGAGAUAUCUUGGUAUAUCUCACUUCUCUGGCUUCAGAAGGUGAAGCUGAUUGGUCGCACAAAGCCGAUUAUCUACUUAAAACAUAUGACCAAUCACAGACAGAUGUAAUAUUUGAGCUGCAGCUGUGACUUUUUCUGAGAGGGAGAUGUGUGAAUCUAACAUAUUAAGAUAAACAGGGGACUGUUCUGUGUAUGCUCACGUGGGACGAAUGUUAGAUUUGGGUCUACGUUAACUGUAUGCUUGGACUCAGAUUACUAACACAGCUGCUAAAAGACAAACCUGUAUUCCUGUCAUUCAUUCAUUAACUAGAACUGUUUAAAAUUAAGAUUUUAAAAUGCACUUUCUUAUUGUUUGCAGCUACAUGCAUCACGCCUAUGGACUAGGAGAGCACUAUAACUCAGUGGAGCGGUUAAAGGACCCCGCUAAUACAGAGGACAGCUGAGAGUCGACGCAGUCUCAGAGUGAUAUAAACCAGAGUUUAUCCAGCUCAGAGUGUCCUGUCCACUCAGACUAAAUACAGUUUUUGGAAUGAGACUGACCCUCUUAUUGAAGACACUGUAGUUUUCAGAUUGGGUUUAGCAGAUAGGGCGUGUUCUCUGUGUUAAAAUUAACAUCACCAAGUGAAUGGAAAAUAUCACAGAAAGAAGCUACAUCUUCUGAUGAUUUUACAAAGCCCCCAGUGACCCCCAGAGAUCUAUUCAACACGCACUGGUGAUGAGAUGUGACACAUUUGAUCUUUUUCAGGGCAGUAGAAAUGAAUUCAGUCAUGUUGAGGUUUGUUGACAUCCUGCAGCAUUCCUGAAAUAUACUGAACCUGUCAAUCAUAUCAGUCUGACAUAAACAAAUACAAUAUGAAUGAGCUGUUUUGUCUUUAUUUUAAUUUUUUUAAAUGCAGGAAAGAUUUGAGAAUGAAUCUAUGUUGCAUUUAAAUCACAGGGCUCAUUUCUUUAACUUUAUCUGCAAGGAAAAGACACCACACUUUUGUUUUUUUUGAUCCAGAGCUUAGAUUUAGUAUGACUGACUGACUCAGUGCAAACUUAUUUUCCUUGUUCUCGUAAAGUUACAUAUUCUGGAGAUAUGACACUUCAAUUUUCUUGCAUGUCAUGAAACAAUGUCAGAAAAUGCCAGUAGUAGAAAGUAAGUGAAUUUAGAGCAUGGGGUAGUCUUAUGCAAACAAAUGCAACUCUUAUCUUUUUUAUUUGACCAUUUUAGUGUGUUAUACUUCUAGAAGUAUUACAUUGUUCUGUACUUAACAAUUUAUGAUAUCUAUAUGGUUUAAUAAAUCCUGCAAUACUUGGUGUAGGGUUAUGAGUUGACAUUCAAAACGCAUACAAGUUUAUGUGGGUUGCAGAUAAAGCACACUGAGUGACUACAUUUGAAGAAGAAAGUCAUAAAUUCCACAAACUUUAAAAAAAAUUGCUUUAUUAUGUUGUGAGAGCAAGAAAAUAAAACUGAGUUGGCUCCUU